AUGGGGGGCGUCGGCGUGCGAAGGGUGAGUGGGUACAGGAGAUGGGGGUCGUGCGGCGAAGAGGUGUGGGUGCAGGAGAUGGGGGGCGUCGGCGUGCGAAGGUCGGGGGCCCUGCUCCAUGCCGUUUCAGCCAGCUUGGCUUCCCCUGCAGGAGCAGCCCCAGAAGGGCACAGGGUCCCGGUCCGAGACCUCAUCUCCUUCCUGAUGCUGGAGGGUGGGCGGCAGUCGGGUGGCUCAGUCCUGUCCAGCUUUCCAGCAGGCCUGAGGCGGCAGGAGGACGUGAAGUCUCUGGUGAGGAGCGUGCUGGUGGGGCUGGAGUCCCUGGGGAUCCUGCCUACGGUCAGGAGUUCCCCCCUCCAGGCCCUGUGGCAGAGCCGCGGCAGCAGGAGCCAGAUUUCUGGCUUUCUGUACAACGUCUCCAUGCACCUCGAGCAGCAGAAGCUGGACGAACUGGGGGCCAUGCCCUGGGGGAGCCUGCUGCAGCACCUCCUAUCUCAGCCCUCCCCGAGCCCCGCUCUGCAGCUGAGGGAUGUUCUGAUCUCGCUGAGGGGCAGCCGUGACUGGGACAUGCUCUUGAGCCUCAUCCGCAGCCUGCUGAGCCUCUUCAGCAGAGACCAGAGCCUGCUCCUCUUCCUGCAGCAGAACUGGGCGCGGCUUAGCAGCCUGCGGGAGGCUCUGGCCCAGGCGCUGCUCACUGGGGUGCUGGGCCAGGGCAGCCCUGGCUUGCAGGGCACCGAUUGCCCCGUGACAGGCCGGGGGAACUGCAGCUCCAGCACAGACUGGGUGUCACAACUGCUGAAGCUCUUUGAAGGCACCAGCUGGAAGCCAAGGGUUCGUCUGCAGCCUGCGGGCCCCGUCCUGGCUUCUGAACGCUUUAAACCCUUCCACGUGGUGCCCGGGGCCAUCCGAGAGCUGAACCCCAAUGCCAGCAACCUCCUGCAGAUCUCCCGGACCAAGCAGCCAGGGCUGGACUCUGCAGACACCCUCUGGGGGGCCCUGGAGGAGGCCAAGCAGCGCCUCCUGCGGAGGAUGGGCCGAUCACUCUACCCCAGCUUCAGGAGGAAGGUCUCGCGUGUGACGGGUUUGCUGGUGGACAAGGUCUCGGUGGCCCUCGGCGUCCCUCAGUCGGAUCGAGAGGGGAAGUGCACCGUAGGGACCCUGCAGCAGCUUCUGCUGUGGGGCAUCAGGCAUAACAUCAGCUGGAACGCCCGGACCCUAGGGUUCAAGUCUAGGACCUUUCCAUCUCCUCCACCAGUCCUGAGCUGCCUGCAGCCUGCCCGCAAGCCCCCCCACGUCACAAAGAGGGCAUCUGGAGACGCCUGGGGUGCAUCCUGGCCCUCCGCCGAGGUUCUGGAGUCUGCUUGCAAUGACACUAUCCCAGGCCUGCCCGGCAUCUCCAGCUUCACUGUGUAUCUUUACUGCAGCCUAUUCAAUGGCUCAGACAGCUCCAGCCCGCCUCCUUCAGACCUGGGGGCUGCAUGCUCCAGCUCCGCCUGGUAUUUCUCCUCCCCCAGCGGGGACUCCAUGUGGGUGAGGACAUGCAGGGAGUACUUCCCUGGCCAGUUCAACACCACGGUCUGCAGCAAUGCCUCCCUGCUGCAGCUGCCCAGUCCCAACCAGCCUCUGAUGGAGCAGUUGUGUACCAAUCUCUCCCUACCCCCCAAAGGUGACAGCUGUCUAGAGGGGCUGCCUGGGACCCCCUGGAGCCAGGAGGAUUUCUGGAGCUGCUUUCUGGAAAACCAGACUCUCUGGACUCAGCGGCUGUGCACCAAUGAGAGCCUGCAGGCGGUGCCCGCAAAUAGCAGUACCUGGGUCUCCAGACUCUGCCACGGCCACCAGCUCCAGACAAAGACACUGAACUCCUCGCUGCCCAGGAACUCUGAUCCCUGCAAUUUCCAUGCCUGGAGCCUCCAGGCACUCAGGAAUGCUAGCCUGGUGGAGCAGUGCCGGGAGGUGAACCCUGCUCGCUUCCAGGAGCUGGUGUGUGAGAAUUCCUCCCUCCUCCAGUCUUUGGAGUCUUCCCACCCCUGGCUCAUGGAUCACUGCCUGGACUCCCUGCAGAAUGGACAGUGCUUCCUGCAGCGCCUCCUGGACACCCUGCCUAUUUCCUCUCACGUGGAUGCAUCUUGGCUCUGCCGGGACCCUGCGUCCUACCUGCUGGGGCUGGUGUCCCAGCUCACGCACUGCGAGGAGGAGACUUCCCGCUGGAUCCUCAGCAUGAACUAUCUCCUGCUCCUGCUGGACUUCACCCUGCCCUCCUCUGAGCUGGAUGAGGUGGGGCAGGCAGCCAGGGACCAGCUGAGUGAGGCCAUCCUGCUCUCCAGCCUCCUGGACAACGGCUCCUUCUGGGCCUUGCUGAAGGUGAACUACUCCCUGAGCAUCCUGCAGGCCGUGGGCCAGUACCUGAGGCAGGAGCAUGACACCUCCUUCAAGAAAGAGCUGCUGAGCUGCUUCAGCCCUGUGCUCUGGGAUCUGAUCCAAAGAGAAGAGGGUGCCCCGGCGCUGGAAGUCCUUGUGCAGGAAUACCUGCAGAUGCCGCAGGAAGAUUUCCAGCAGCUGCUGCUGUCGGCGGAGAGCGAGGCAGUGCAGCGCUUCCUGGCCCUGCUGCACCGCUCCUGGCCCCAGCUGCAGGUUCCCAUGUCGGAUGAGCAGGCGCUGCAGGCUCUUGCCUCGCGGCUGAUGGGCCGCUUCCCCCAGCUCACUCCGCAGCUCUUUGUUGACCUGUCGCAGUUCAUGCCGUUCAUGGCCGUGUCCGACAUCAUGAGAGUCCCGCCUGCCCUGCUGGCCAAUGAGAGCGUCUUAGCUGCUCUGCGGAGUCACAGCCCCCACAUGAAGCGGGUGCAGAAAAGCGCCUUUGCCAAGCUGCUGCUGCAGGCUCAGCUCCUCGGGGACGUGCCGACGUGGCGCCCAGGCUACCUCCGCACCAUCCAGCCGCUGCUGCCUCACCUGCCGCUUCGCUGCUUUGUGCAGCUCACGCCUCAGCAGAUCCAGGGGCUGGCAGACGGUUGGCAGGAUGUCCGGCUGGGGCUGGCCCAGGGGCGCCAUGUGGCACACAGCUUGAUAAACGUGAGCCGUGGGGCUGGUGAGGAGCAGGUGCACAGGCUGGGGACCCUCGCUUGCUAUCUGAGCCCGGGAGAGCUGCAGGUCCUGGCCCCGCUGCGUGACCCCUGGGGGCCAGUGGAGCAGAGCUUGCUGGCAUGCGCUGCCAAUGGAGUGCUGAGCCAGCACGGGCGGGUUGCCUACGCGCUGGCGGAUUUGUUGCGUUCUGCCAGCCUGGCUGCUGUCGGGCCGCAGGAGCUGCGUGCUUGGCGAGGCAUCGUUCCGGAGCUGGGGGUGAGGUUCCUGCAGCGCCUGUCAGCCACGCAGGUCAGGGCUCUCCUUCCAGAGCUGCAGGCUGCACACCUGACACCUGCCCAGGCGUCUGUGCUGCUCACGCAGGCUGUGCGGACCGAGAAUGUGACGGAGGGUGUGGCGAGCAGCCUGUGCCCCCUGCUGCCAGGCCUUGUGCCCGAGUCCCUCCAGGCCAUUCCCACUCCCACCCUGGCCCAGGCAUGUGAAUGCCAGGCCACCGCUCUGCCUCUGCUCUCGGCCCCCCAGAAGGCAGCCCUGCUGCAGAGGCUCAGCCGGGAGCAGCCGGCCCGGAGCAUCUGGCCUGACUGCCUCUUGCCCUUUGUGCCCCUCAAACUCCUGCACCUGGACGCAGCGACUCUGCUGGGGCAGAGGGGCCGGUUCUGGGAGCUGCCCUGGUCCCAGCAGCAGGCCCAGUUCCUCUGGAGGAAGGUUGAAGCGGGCACCGACGUGAGCCAGGAUACGAUUCGGGCGCUGGGGACUCUGGCAGCUGGCAUGGGCUGUGCCCGCCUGCAGCAGUUCAGUCGGAGGGCAGAUUUCCUGGGGGUUCUCCGGGUUCUCUAUGCGUAUCCCAGCAGCCUGCCUGGGAGCCUGAGGCGGUGUGUCUGGGAGGAAGUCCGCAGGCGGCCGGGACUCUCCGGGGAGGAGCUGGUGUGGCUGGGACCCAAGUUCCUCAUGGAUUUACCGGCGAAGCUUGUGGACAAACUGCCCAACGACUCGGUCAGGCUGAUUCUGGACUUUGUGAGCAGCCACCCCCAGAGUCUGCUGGUGCUGCCGCCCCACCGCCGGGCUGCCCUGGCCCACAGGGCCCUGCGCCUGCUGCAAGCGCCGGCUGAGACCGAGAUCCCAGGCGAGGUGCUGGACCUUCUGGGCCCACUGCUGGGGUUCCUGGGCCAGGAGGCUGCUGCCCGCAUCCAGCCCGAGAGCCUGCUGCUGCGCCUGGAGGAGCUGCAAGGGGCCUGCCUGGCGGAGGGGUUUGCUGAGGAGCUGGGGAGGCUGCUGCUGACGGAGCGGGUGCUGGGCCCGCCGCAGCGCUGGAGCCUCCUGGACGUGCAGCAGCUGGGACGUCUGGUGUUCCUGCUACAGGUGGAGAGCGUCCGGCUCAUCCCGAGGGAGGUGCGGAGCAGAGACACCCUGGAGCAGCUGCUGCAGAGCCAGCAGGAGUGGGAGCACAGCGAGCCAGGCCGGCUGUGCCAAGCCCCUGGUGCCCAGGGAAGGGUGAGGAGCCGGAAGGAGGCACUGGUGGCCUGGCUGGUGAGGAGCAGCCCGGUGGGGGCACAAGACCCUGUUCCCAGCUGCGCUGACAUGCGCGCCACCUACCCUGCGGCCUGGAGUGCAGCACAGAUCGCCAGCAUGGCCCCGUCCCACUUCGAGAGCUGCCUGGGUCUCAUCAGUCAGGACCCUGCACUCUCGCCCGAGCAGCUCCGUGCCGCUCUGGGCAAAGCCAAGCAGCUGUUUGGAACCGCCCAGCCCCUGCAGCCGGUUCACCUCCUGCAGCUGGGCCUGCUGGCCACCCAGCUGAGCGAGCAGGAGCUGCAGGAGCUGGAGCUCUCCAACUGGGGGGCCCUCUCUGUCCUGGGGGUCCUGGAAGGCUGGACCACAAGACAGAUGCGAGCCAUAGUCUCCAGCUUUCUGCGCCAGAGUGGGGUGAGUGUGCAGGGCCUGGCACUCCCAGAGCUGGCUGCCCUCGGCCACCUCCUGUGCGGUCUCCGUGCUGACGAGAUGCGGAUGCUGAACAGCCAGGAGUUCAGCCAGGCUGCCCCAUUUGUGGGCUCCCUGAGGCUUGGCUGCUCCGAGAGGCAGCUGGAGACACUGGCUGAGCUGCUGACGUCCCACUCGGCGUUUGGCCCCGUUAGCAGCUGGGGCCCCGAAAUCUUCACUGAGAUCGGAACACUGGCAGCUGGGCUCCAGGACAUCGCCCUGUCCUCACUCGUCCCCGAGCAAAUCCGGGCGCUGACCCCGCUGGCCAUCGCGGGAAUCCCCGCACCCAAAUUCACUGUGGUUUUCAGCCCAGCCCAGCUGCUGGGCUUCACCAGCGCCCAGGCCUCAGCCGUGACCCCCCAGCAGCGCGCGCGGCUCAGCACCCAGCAGAGGCAAGCAGUGGCCAGUGCCCAGUACGAGGUGGAGGGCGCCCAGGAUGGCAGGGGCAGGAAUCACGCCCGGUGCCAUCCUGGCCCCAGUGCCCUGGCACUGCUCUGUCUGAUGUACAGCUUUGGGUGAGAGCCGCUGGGGCCUGUGUUUAUAAUAAACCCUUCAGCCUGCU